AUGUUAAGAAAUAUUGUACGUACCGGCCGGUGGCUGGUACAUCGCAGGCGGAUCAAUAGUUUCACUCCAGUGAUAUUAAAUAAAUUUGCCUGUGCAGAUAAUUUAAAAGCAAGCUAUAUCAUUCUGAACCAAAGAAAAUUCGCUACAAAUCAAACUAAUAGUUCCCAGUCUUCAGAUGUUGUAGAUCCAUUAGUUUUUGAAGAAAUAUGUAACGAAACCUUGGAAUCUUUAUGUGAUUAUUUCGAAGAAAUCAUUGAACGGUCAGCUAAUUUAAAAGGCGCUGAUGUAACAUUCAGUGAUGGAGUUUUAACUGUAGCACUUGGUUCUUCAUAUGGCACUUAUGUUAUAAACAGACAGAGUCCUAACAAGCAAAUUUGGCUCAGUUCCCCUGUCUCGGGCCCUAAACGUUAUGAUCUGAUUUUGAAAGAUGGAGGAUACUGGGUUUAUAAACAUGACGGCUUGACAUUACAUAAGCUGUUACAAGAAGAAAUAUCAAAAAUUGUUGAUAGCAAAAUUAAUUUCGGCAGUUGCGCUCAUGGAUUUAUA